CUUUCUUCUUAGAUACCACUUUGACAUCAGUCCGUAUGAGGAUGUCUGGCCUGCCAUUUUUGUCUACAUGGUUCACCAGUCCUGUGGGACAGCCUGCUUUGAACUUGAAAAGCUAUGCCGAUUUACUAUGUCUGUAAAGAAGAACUAUCGUCGUGUGCCCUAUCACAACUGGAAGCAUGCAGUUACAGUUGCACAUUGCAUGUAUGCCAUACUUCAGAACAACCAGGGGCUCUUCACUGAUCUGGAGCGGAAAGGUCUUUUAGUUGCAUGCCUGUGUCAUGACCUGGACCACAGAGGUUACAGCAACAGCUACCUUCAGAAGUUUGAUCACCCUCUAGCUGCUCUCUAUUCCACGUCAACGAUGGAACAGCACCACUUCUCACAAACUGUGUCCAUCCUGCAGCUGGAAGGGCACAAUGUCUUUUCCAAUCUGAGCUCCAGUGAAUAUGAGCAAGUACUUGAGAUCAUCCGGAAAGCCAUCAUUGCCACAGACCUGGCCCUGUAUUUUGGAAAUAGAAAACAGCUUGAAGAACUGCAUCAGGCAGGAGCAUUAAAUCUUAAGAACCAAGCACACAGGUAAAGCAAAAGACCAGAA